AUGUGUCAUGGUCACCCUCGAUGGCAUCCGUGCUCUCACACCUCGAUCAACUGGCAUUACUGCCCUUCCGCCAUGAUCGACCUCGAAACGGGUGUCGAGACACCGUGCAGCCAUGUCAGCUACGCAACGGCGCAACCCAGCAAUACCGACUGUCCGCUUCUCAACUGUCAGUUCAAGGCUAUGGGCGGGACCUGGACAUGCUGCCAGUGUGGCCAAGGACCCAAUGACCAGGGUUGGUGUACGAUGCCGAAGCGGAUGCCGGACCAGGACUACGGUGGGAUUUCCACCGAUGAGACCCGGACGUGUGACCACGGCUGCUGUGCGGAGUGCACACGCUACCGUAAGCCUCAAACGACCCGAUUUAUAACGCUCGAUGAUGUAGCUAACCGAGCGAAUCCAGCCGCGACCCGGGCGGCGACCCCUGACAUGACGUUCGGUGAGCUUCGCAAGGGAACGGCCAGCCGCAAGUUUGGGUACGGCUCAGCUACUCGCUCGCACCGCCGGGGCUCGGCCCUGUCCAAGAUCAACGGCUUCCUUCCCGUUGACGAGGAGGUUGAGACUACUUCGCCUUCUACAUCGGGCUCAUCUUCAAGGAGCAGCGUUUCCCACAAGUCGUCUGUCUCGAGUAGCACGUCUUGUAGGUCCUCGGCCUCAGCCUCGGCUGGUCGCGGAUCAGUACAUCGGGCCGACUUGGAGUACAGUUCGAAGAGGCACAAGUCCUCGUCAGGCAAGUCGACGAAGAAGAGUCAGAAGUCACUGAGAUCACAUUGA